AAUAGAUAUUCUUCUAAGAGACAUUGGUGCUUGCAAAUGUUGCCUCUAGAUUCAACAUGGUUACAUGGAUAUUGAUCACCUAGAAAAAGAUGCGCAUUUAGAUUCGCCCCCCAUCGGAACACGGCUUUGGCAACCAUGGACCAUCCAAUUCGCUUACAAAACUUGCGGAAUGACGACACGCAAUACCCUUUUGAUGCGCACGCAAACUUUGACCGAGCACUUGCGCACCUUGCGAGGCAAUAGCACCAGCGGAUCUCAACUUUCUCUUUCCCCCAGCAACUGACAUGCAUAUCUGAAGAAAGCAGAAAAGAUGGGCGACUGCAUUGAUGACGAUGUCUGCACGCCGAUCAGAGUUAUGAUUGUUGGCGAUUCCAUGACUCAAGGUCGCGAAGGGGACUUCACAUGGCGAUACAGGCUCUGGCAAUGGAUGACAGAAGAGGGGGUCAACUUUCAGUUUGUCGGCCCAUACAAAGGAACGAAAACACCACAAGUCUCUCGUCCUCCGCAACCAUCGGCAUCGGAACCCGAGCCAGCAUUGGAUAGCAAUGUCCCGAUUGACCUCGGCGGCUACGCUGCGGGCGUAAUAUUCGACUCCUGCCAUUUCUCAAUAUGGGGACUACAAGCGACACAGUGCAAGAACUUGGUGCGAGACCAGGUGGAACGGUUUCGACCAGACUAUAUGUUGGUCAUGCUCGGGUUCAACGAUAUGGGAUGGGGCGUUGCGGACGCUGAAGGCACCAUCGCUGCCAUGGAACAACUGAUAUACAGGAUACGCGCUGCGAACCCGACGGUCAAGCUCGCCAUUGCUGACGUGCCGCAGCGCACCCCUAUGGAGGGGACAGAAAAGUUGGCCCCCAUGGUCGACAGAUACAAUCAGCUUCUGCGGACCUCGGCCAGGAACUGGGGGACCCCGCAGUCUCCCGUAGAGCUGGUCGAGAUUCGCAACAACUACGACUGCUCUCGCGGCAGUUAUGAUGGCCUGCACCCCAACGCGCUAGGGGAGUUCCAGAUCGCCAGAGCGUUUUCCCGGACCCUCGUUCGCGGCUAUGGUAUUGGAACACAUGAGCCGAGCAUCCCGCUGAAGAUACCGGAACGACCUACUCCGGUACUGUCGAACGUUGUUGCGCAAGCUGUCGCGUACGGCGUCGCUGUCACCUGGGAUGCAGUGUAUGGUGCUCUCGGCUACGACGUUAGAAGCCGUGCAGGCACGGGCUCACUUUGGAGCGAGUGGCGCACCGAAUCGAACCGAUACGAUUCGACUUGCACUCAGGAAGGGCUGGAGUAUCACUAUCAGGUUCGGACUUACAAUGGUGAUAGUCUUGUAUCCGCUUGGUCAAAAGUAGUGUCUGCGGUUUCACGGCCAAAGUCGGUUUCUGGACGCGGGGAUAUCGUCGCAAAACAAAAUGCAAGACAGGUAAACUGUUGAGUGAGAAAAAUCACCUGGAUGACGGAACAUCAAUCGUUGUGAUGAUGCCGCUCAGACAGACCAGUUGUCGCACAGAUGAUUCCCGUCAACUUCGGGAUUGAAGGAGACACAAUUUAGUAUAUCAGUUGUUUAGUAGUUGUACGAGAAGCAGAUUCAACCCUUUAAUUUUGUCAAUGUAGCGC